AUGUUAGGAGAAAAAAUACAAAAUACAAUUUUAUUUAUUUUACUGGUGCUUUUAGAGAGAAUGCCUCUGCCUGAUAUGAUCUAUAUUUACUAUGGUUCCGAAAUGGGAACGGGAGAAGGUUUUGCUGAAGACUUGGGUAAAUUUUUAACCGAAAAGGGAAUAAAGAACACGGUUCUUGAUAUUGACGAAUUCGAAGAAUCUGAAAUUGUCGAACAGCCCCUGUGCAUCUUCUUCUUUUCGACUUACGGUUCCUCGCGAGCUUUCUUUGCAUGGAUGAAGAGCAACUGUGGUGAUCCUACCGUAAUGGCCAAAGUCCAGUACGCCAUGUUUGGUCUUGGUGAUCACAAUUAUCCCCACUACCAGUCAGCCUCGAUUCUUGCUGACGGACUGCUUCAGAAGAUGGGAGCGCGUCCUAUCAUGGAGCUUCGCAAGGGAGACGCUGCCGAAGACAUCGAUGGAGACUUCCAAACCUGGCAGAACGACCUCUAUCAGAAGCUUUUGACUUUGUAA